ACUGGCGCACAUGCGCACCUGGGUUCCUUGGAGGCGCAUCGACAUCUAAAUCUCUCCGUGAACUUCCUGGCUAUGCUCUUCAUAAAAUUAAUUAGAAGUCCUCGUCAAAUUAUGAAACCUUAUCGGUAGUUGAGCAUGCAUUACUUCAUUUAAUCCUCGCUUUAACGGCACGGUAAACAUGAGCACCGAGGCUGGCCAGCAGAUUCCGGGCCGCAGGGCCCUGAUGCCCGGUUGGAUGAAAAGCCACAUGGACAGACUCAACACGGUGGCUAAUCUGGACGACAUGUGCAGCUCUCCUCCUGAGACCGAGUCGGGCUUUCUUCGUGACAUGCCACUUUCCCGCUUAACUACUCUGCCCGCUUCACAGACUCCAGCUGGGGCACCAACCAUCCGGGUGAGUGGCGUUAGCAAGUGUGAGCUGCCUCGACUUGCCUCGGAGGAUGCCUUGCGGCACCAAGUGCUGAGCCAUCAUGGACCAAGCCUACAGAGCCUGGGGCGCGACAGCGGUUCGGGCAGUGAAUCUGCCCACACAACGCCCUCUGCCACGCCACAAAGCUCUCCGUCGCUGGUACGGCGCGUGGUGGCAGCAGACUUGACGGCAGUUGGUGUUCCCAUGGUGGAUGGUAGUCGGCUGAAGCCCAAGAAAAAGCCGCCAGCGCGCUUUGCUGUCACCAACUUCGAUCUUAACGCGGUUAGCCCUAACUCGUGGUGAGGGUGUGCAGUUGCCAGAGUAUGAAUCCAGCCAGGAUGGUACAAGAAUGAAAAGGAUCAGCAGGUGCAGCUUGAAUGGUUAGGACCAACUUGACCAGAGCACAUUUGUGCGCUGCUUUAGUUUUCUUUAGCAUGACAAAAUGUUGUUUUAAUCAUUUGCUCUAAGUUGGCAAGUCUCUAACAACCCACAUUGGACUUUGUACCAGAUACCUUUACUGUCCAUUUGAAUAGCAUAUAAUAGGCUACCUUUCAGUUUCCACCGGAAUUGAUGUGAUCAGUUUUCUGCCUUGUGUCUCCACUCUUGACGUCUGGCCUUGUGUCCAGUACAUUAUGGCUAGGUUUUAUUUUCUUUUCAUUCAUGUACCAUUACCUGUUGCCUGGAGGAUGUGGCCUGCCUCGGUCAAAGCAGUGGGUGGCAGCACUGAACUGUCCCUUGUUGGAUAUCCCCUGCUCGUGUUUUUUUUUUUUUUUUUUUUCGUGCAUCUACUUGCCUCUGCUUUUGUGCUUUCAAACUCACUCUGGUGCCUACUAUAGCAACUGUUCACUUGUUUUGCCUGCUGGCCCUAGCAUCUUACAAGUUAUGUUAUCCGUUCUGCUUCUCUUUUGUAGACAAUGCUGCUUUCCAGAAAUUGCUGCAUUUCUUUUUUUUUUUUUUUUCUUGUGUGUGUGAAUAAACGGUUCACUCGCUCACUCCAUAUCGUGGCUUUAUUUAGUUGCAGCCAUGCAGUCGAAUGUUCAGUUAUUGCAUGUUGGUUCUUCUAUUCACUAUCUGCAUUUUCGUGUCGAAUACUAUACUCCAUUUCGAUGAGGUGCAAUGCUGUGAAAGUUAUGCAAGUAUGGUCACCAAAAUUUAUUGCUCUGCGUGUUCCGUCUAUGCUUCGCUGUACGCCAGCGGCGUUUGCUCGUGCAAGCAUGCACAUGAGGCUGCUGCGACUGUGCUGAAAAUAAAAAAAAGCAAUGAAAAGCAAAUUGAAGUAAAACAAUGUGUUAGCUGUUAGUACAUGGUUUGUUUGUUUCUAAGGGUAAAUUCUUUUUUCCUUUUUUCAUUCAGAACUGAGCUUAUAUGAAAAAACAUUUUCACAAAAAUUGGGUCAGAAAACACUGACCUAUUUCUCAGUGCAAACGCAGCCACCACAAAAAAAGUAUCCCUAGCCUCCACAGUGUUGCACCUGAUGUAUGAAACGGAGUAUAGUUCAUUGUGCAUGAAUGCCAUUUAGAUUUUUCUUUCGUGCUUUCAAGGCUGACUUGUCAGAUCCAUACAUUUUCAAUUAUGUUCACAAAUGUGUCUGCUUGUUAUAAGCUUUUUAGCCUAUAGGUGCACAUUUUCUUGAUUCAGCCAUGUAGCUGGUUUUGUGAUGUAAAAAGGAAAGAGAGAGGAUGCAGUACUGUGAAGUGACUGUCAAGUUCUCCUGCCUUCUUUUUUUACUCUCAAGCUCAACAGGGAUGCAUUUCUUUCCCACAGGUUUGUGCAAAGUUAUUAAAGGCAAUGCACAUGCUGGAGAGUUGGGAAAGCGCUUUAUAGUCUGCUCCAUAAUGUGGAGCUUGUUCUUUAAUGAAGCAACAGCCCUGUAUGUGGAAGCAUGUUGCUCUAUGCUUAGCGAUUCCACAAAGAGGGGCUUUUGCAUUUUUAAGAGCAUAAUUGAAAUUUCCUGUCUCCCUCAAGGCAUCUGCACAAAACUGUGUGAGCAAUCCCUGCUUAUGUCUAUGCCACACUGAAGAGGGUAGUGUCGUCUAGGACCUUUUUCUAUAUCUAAAGUUGCUGUUAUAUGCGCAUUCUUCAUAGCAUUAAAUAUUGAAAUUAUAGCUGCUGUGAAUGCAGUUAGUAUGCAAAUUGCAAUACAGCUUAGACCACUUAAUUUAACCGUAGAAAGUGCAGAACUGGCUAUAAUGCCACCUUUCGUACCUCCUGUUUACCCCCCCCCCCCCCCUCCUCCAUAGAACCUAAUUUGUAUGCAUACUGCUUACAGUGCAGCCGUGCGAGACAUAUUACCGGUUAUAAUGCGGCUUCCACAGGAAAGUCCCCCAGACAAGUGCGAUAGCGAGCACGAUUGUCAGCGUGGUGUGCCGCCUGAUGGUAGGGGAGAGCAAAGAGGGCAAUGUGGAGGAGGGGACUCGGAGCUAACGAACAAGCAUGAAAAAAAAAUGCGGCUUGCGCGGCUGUUGCCUAGGCGAGACUGCUUGGGCGCUUAUCAGAGGCGCGCUCCUCACUGAACCAAUUUCUUUAUGCUGAAGUGUUGACUGAACGCAAUGUGGCUUCAGUAUCAUUGUGCCCGUCGUCGGCGUAAAUAGCCGAUAUCGCGUUCGCGACCUUUACUGCUGUCAGCUUAAGCGGUAUUCUGCAAAUUUAGUUUGGAGCUUUUAUGAGGUUUUGUGUGCAAUUGGGAGCUUCCGUCGUUCCUAUCAGUAUGCACGCACAUACAAACUUGGUAGGCAUUUGCAGUAGUCGCUGUGGCAAACUUCGCUUCGCACGCGCGGCUGUCAGUUCGGCCCGUGCACGUGAUCGUGUGCCCAAUCUCUAUGUAAUCGUCUACGGGUACGAACAUAAGAGCGAGUGUUCCGCAGCGGCAUGCCCCCCCCCCCCCCCCCCCCGACACCUCCACCGGCUAGGCCUAACCAGCGCUUCUCGUCCAAAGUAGUUUAGUGCAGAAUCAAGAACAUGCGUCGCAGUGGUUGUAUGGCACUUGGAAAGCUAAAGAACCACCUCGAUAACAAAUGUGAGGGCAUGCGGGUGGCACGGGCAACACUCAAAUGGGGCCAACUUCGGUGGCAGUGCUGCGGGGAAUUUCGAAUAACCGAGCGGUCUGAAAAAUUAGCCGGCAACUUACUUUCCUUUGUGUCGUUCUUUUUAUUACUAUUAAUAUUGUUCUCUUCAUGCGAACUGCAGGUGCUUGGACGUUAACCUUUCAACUUUCGUAAAUUUAAAUGAAUGCAAAGAUCCCGGUUGCUUGCUUCGUCUGAAUGUUUUGCAUAUAUGCAGCUUUUGUACUCCAGUGACUUGGUCUAUGCUGUAUGAGAAAAAAAAGAUUUGCUGGUAGAAGUGCGAGAAGCACCGCUAAAAACUCUUAAUAGGCAAACUUUAUCUAAAAUUUUAGUUUCCUUCAAGAAAUGUGUGUUGUGUGCAGUCGUAAUUGCCAAGAUUGAGAGUGCGCAUUCGACGACUGAAUGGUUUAUGAGAAUGCACUGUCACAGGUGGCAUUAGGUUUUAAUGCCAUUAAGUAUGUCUGUGUGACACCUUGUGAAUGCUAUUACAUUAUAAGACAUUGAACAGUUAUUUCUUGUGCCACUCUGUCAUAGGUAUUAACAAUAAGUGAUGGUAGAUAAGUAGCUGUUUAGAAACUCUGUUCAAAUACUUGGUGGGCAAGUGCGUUCAUUCUGCUUGAACCUGUCAGCUCACAGAAAGGGCUCACCAAUGCAGCUACAAGCUUUCGUGCUGAAAGUUGGAACACUUUAGUUGGUAUGUCCAAAUGGGAUGCACAGGCUCAUCUAAAGUUAAAGCUGUAGCUUCAUGUUGCAGAACCAAAACAGUUUUGUAGGAGUGCUGCUUUGAAUAUGUCCAAAAUUUCCCAUUGGUGUAUGCCAAGCUUGACAGAACGGAUACUCUUCAUGGCAUAGUUUGGUACAAAAAGUACUAGAAAAAAAUGUAGCACUAGUGUUUGCAGGAGCUGCUUGUAUGGCCAGCAUGGAAAUGAUUGGAUCUACAUGGAGUUGCCUAACCUUUGUCCUUUUGGCUUCAAAUGUCUUUGACUUUACAAAAUGAUCAUAUUCAAGAAAAUAUUGUAUUGUAAAUGAAAGAAUUUGCAGUGAU